AAACAAAUGGACGGCGGUACUCCAAUCAGUGAGCAUCAUUCCAUCAACAUUGAUCAACGACAGCGUAGAUCGACCGUCGCCAGCCAUGCUGUUGAGGAACAAUUACUGUCACUGUCACCAUCAUCACCCAAAAGCACAUCGUGGCAUCAUGACAGUGAUAGUGAAAAAGUACGCUCACAAAGCGAAGCGCUUCAACAAACCUUUGAUGACCUGGACCGAGAAUCUCGCCACAGCCACGAUUAUAACGCUUCCAUCGUGCAAGAAUCGUCGAUAAUAAGUCGUACACCAUCACCUAUAAGUAAUGUGCAGUGUCCCAUCGUAACGCCUAAUUUAUACGUUCCACUGCCAACUACAAUCCGACAUUAUUUACAUGAACCGAAGCCAGAUAUAUUAGCAUUCCUUCCUUAUCCAUUGCGAACGCGUCAGCCUGUCAGCAAACGCUUACAGCGGAUUCCAAACAUUUUUAUAUCCGGCUCGUUAGUGACUCAAGAUGAUCAUCACCAACGACUGAGCAUGCUGCCGCCUUUGAGAAAACGACACAGUCUAGCUAGCGGUCAAAUCGACAGACUCGUGCAUGCUCACAGGGAUGCCAUGGUUGCUGCUACUGCCAAGUUUCAAAAUGAAUCUGAUCUUUGGUGGCCCGCACCCAUGCAUACAACACCUGAGCCGGAAACAACAGCAGACGGAUACUUCGAUUAUAAACCAUCGUCGCCCAACUCUUCUUCUGACAAGAUAUCCUCAUCGGAGAUGCCUCCUCCUGUCAUAUCACCUCCACGCCAUCCGUUCGAAGCAUAA